AUGGCGCUGUGCAUAUUUCUAUGGAGAAGGAAAAAAUUGUUGUUGGAAUAUGCGAACUCAAUCACUUUUGCAACGUUCUCCGCGCAAGUACUAUACUGGCCAUUCUACCUACUAUCCACAUGGCAAACCAUGUUUCUCCUUUUUGGCAAGACUCCAGAGUAUCCGUCUAUCCUUCAUUGUUCCUUACUGCGGCAUUUCGUGCUAGGAUGUUUCCAGUCUGCUGGUCUUAUAACUGUGCCAAUAGCGAUUGAUCAUAUUUGUCUAGUUUUUUUAGAAAAACGAUUGAAAGUGUUCAAUAUGGUCGCUAUUCAAGUGGUCAUCACAUUUCUAGAGAUGAAUUUUCAAUUGAACAACGCCGACGUCGGGAAUGGUAUGCCUCUUAGAGACGGAUACACCGGAUCAGACGCCUCAUCGCCUAACCUACUGAGUUCUAACAAGCCAAUGAAUUCCAAAGGUGAUAAGCCACCGUGCAGUAUAUGUGGAGAAGUAGGAAAUGGUAUUCAUUUUGGAGCUGAAGCAUGUCGUGCCUGUGCCGCCUUCUUUCGUAGAUCCGUUGCUCUAAACAAACUCUACAGAUGCAGAGGAAAUGGUCACUGCGAUAUUCUGUCUACUAUCCGGUGCAUGUGCAGAGCUUGCCGAUUCACUAAGUGCAUACAAGUUGGUAUGAAGAGGGAAGCUGUUCAAAAAUACCGAGAUGCGUAUGGCAAACGUGGUUCAGAUGUCGAAUCGCCUAGUACCUCAGUGCCGAUUGGAAUGGGCUUUAGCUCCAGUCAAAGUACGACUCUGGAAAGUGUCGAGGAAGGAGGAAUGCCAAUUUUAAGUACCCUCAGUGCAAACUAUGCUAAACUGGAAAGUGUCAGGAGAGUCGUACACCAGGAGUCAGGGACCAGUGUGUUUCAGAAACGAACUCCAAAAGCUGUCACCUACAAAGAGGCUAAUGAAGUCAGUUCUAAAGAAUGCGACCUAGUGGCGGACUGGAUUCUGAACUCGUAUCCAGGGUUUUCAGACCUUCCAAAAGAGCAAAAAAAAAUUUUAUUCCGCAACUUCUUCCUACCAUUCGUUAUUCUUCAGGGAGGCCACUUCGCGUGUACACAUAAUCGGAAUGACGUCAUCAUACUAGCUUCUGGGGACUUCAUCGAUUGCUCCCAUCCGGAAACAUUCUAUUAUGACCCAGAUGGACGUCAAUUGAUGUCUUCAGAAGAUGCCGUCAGAAUGUUUGCUUCGUCGUUCAGUAAUUAUCGACGGAAUGUGACAGACCCUAUGCUAAGAGAUAAUGUCGACAGUUAUGAAUUUUUCGCGUUGUGCUCGUUAGUCUUGUUUGAUACAGGUCUUGAAGGGCAGUCCGAAGAAUGCAUCAUAGUGGCAAGAAGAAUUCGAGAAGCAAUUCAAAGAGAAAUUCUUUAUUACUACAGAAAUGUUAGGCACAUUGAGGACCCAUCCAUGCGCCUGGCCAACCUACUAUCCUUACUCCCAGCGCUACAGCGCGCCACCCGCCGUUUCCAGGAAGAUGUUGAAAUCAGUCACGUCUUCAAUGUGUAUUCUGUUGACGAAAAGUUCUAUGAAAUGUGUAAUGGAAGAUUUUGA